AUGGCGGCAGCUCAGGUAGUCCCCGUCCCCGCGAUGGCAGGCGGAGGAGGAGGAGGAGGAGGAAGAGGAGCGAAAGGCGAGACGUUUUCGGACACGAGCAGGAAGGACGAUAUCCGUCAGGCGAACAUCAUGGCUGCUAAAGCCGUGGCGGAUGCUGUGCGAACAAGCCUGGGGCCCCGGGGGAUGGAUAAGAUGCUCACGACGGCCACCGGCGAGGUCAUUAUUACCAACGACGGCGCGACGAUUCUCAACAAGAUGGAGGUGACACAGCCAGCGGCGAAGAUGCUGGUGGAGCUGUCCAAGUCGCAGGACAUUGUCGCCGGCGACGGCACCACCACAGUGGUGGUGGUGGCGGGUGCGCUGCUGAAGGAGUGCCUGUCGCUGUUGGGAAAGGGCAUCCACCCUACAAUCAUCUCCGAGGCUCUGCACAAGGCUGCUAACAAGGCCGCCGAGAUCCUCACCACCAUGGCGGUUCCAGUGGAGCUGUCGGACCGCGAGUCGCUCGUCAAGAGCGCCAGCACCUCGCUCAACAGCAAGGUGGUCAGCCAGUACUCUUCUCUGCUUGCCCCGCUAGCAGUUGACUGUGUUCUGCAGGUGAUGGACCCCAGCCACCCAGAUGUGGUCGAUCUUCGGGACAUCAAAGUGCUCAAGAAGCUGGGCGGCACGGUGGAUGACACGGAGAUGGUGCGCGGGCUGGUGUUUGACCGCAAGGCGAGCCACGCAGCAGGCGGGCCGUCAAGAGUGGAGAAGGCGAAGAUUGGGCUGAUUCAGUUCCAGAUCUCGCCGCCCAAAACCGACAUGGAGCAGUCCGUGGUCGUCUCCGACUACACCCAGAUGGACCGUAUCCUCAAGGAGGAGCGCAACUACAUUCUCAACAUCAUCAAGAAGAUCCGCGCCACGGGGUGCAACGUUCUCCUCAUUCAGAAGUCCAUCCUGCGCGACGCCGUGACAGACCUGUCGCUGCACUACCUGGCCAAGGCCAAGAUCCUGGUCGUGAAGGACGUGGAGCGGGACGACAUUGAGUUCAUCAGCCGCACGCUCAACUGCCUGCCCAUUGCAAAUCCGGAGCACUUCCGCGCGGAGAAACUCGGGCAGGCGGAUCUGGUGGAGGAGGUUCCUGUGGGGGAGGGCCGGGUGGUGAAAAUCACGGGCAUCAAGGACAUGGGGCGGACCAUGAGCGUGGUCGUGCGAGGGUCCAACAGCCUGGUGCUGGAGGAGGCGGAGCGCAGCCUGCAUGACGCGCUCUGUGUCGUGCGCUGCCUCGUCAACAAGCGCUUCCUCAUUGCUGGCGGAGGGGCGCCGGAGAUAGAGGUCAGCCGGCAGCUGGCGGCGUGGAGCAAGCAGCUGGAGGGCAAGGAGAGCUACUGCGCGAGGGCGUUCGCACAGGCCCUGGAGGUGGUGCCGUACACGCUAGCGGAGAAUGCAGGGCUGAACCCCAUCUCCAUCGUCACUGAGCUGCGCAACAAGCAUGCCGAGGGGGAGGUUAGUGCGGGCAUCAAUGUGCGCAAGGCUCCCCUCCACCUCUUCCUCCUCUUCUUCCUCUUCCUCCUCUUCUUCCUCUUCCUCCUCUUCUUCCUCUUCCUCCUCUUCUUCCUCUUCCUCCUCUUCUUCCUCUUCCUCCUCUUCUUCCUCUUCCUCCUCUUCUUCCUCUUCCUCCUCUUCUUCCUCUUCCUCCUCUUCUUCCUCUUCCUCCUCUUCUUCCUCUUCCUCCUCUUCUUCCUCUUCCUCCUCUUCUUCCUCUUCCUCCACUUCUGA